GAUUCCGAUUCAAGCACCCGUCGCGUGCUGACGUGCUCAUCGACCGUUCGAUUGCCCGACCUCGGUUCGGGGCACAUCUGGCGUCCAAGUGUUUUUCUCGGAAGUGACUACCUGUGUUAAUUGCGUCGCAUCGCCAUCUGUGAGCGGGCGGACCUCUAAAUUCCAGGAAUUCGUUCGGUAACUUAGUGGCCCGUUUGCAAGCGGACGGCUGUGUGCCGUAAUUAAUUGCGAUUAUUACAAUUUUUGGGGCCUCGCCGUAAGGCGAGUGUGUUUUUAAAGUCCCGGGGCAGCCCCCCCUGGGCACUCGUCUAUUAUAAUGGAGUCCACGGUCGACCUGUUUGCGGAAUUUCUUCGCCUUAGGUACCCAACGCUAUCGGCAGAAUUUUUAGAAUUCAAGGCCCAUCACGCAGCGAACUCGCCGGCGGUCUCCGUCGCCCCCGUCGCUCCUGCGUCGUCCGUCGCAGCCUCCGCCCCAACCGUGCGUUCGUCGGCGACCUACGUUGCAUCCGUGCGUUCGUCCACAGCCUCCGUUGUGCCUGCGUCGUCCACUGCUCCCGCUAAAACACCCACCCGCAGGUCGCCCGCGCCCUCCUCAUCCGAUUCAGAGUCGGACAUGGAGGUCGACCCUUCCUCCGCCGCCGCGACUGAUGGAUUCACAGUAGUCCAAAAAGGUAUCAACAGAUGCUUAGAGAUGUUAAACCUGUCUCCUUCAAGUUAUCGGAACGUUGAUCUUAGCGAUCGGACAGUGACGAGUAAGAAGGUGUACUCGCGGAGGCCGUGGUACGCUCCGCCGGUAGACCCUGCAGAAAUAUUAAGGGAACAGGAGAGAUAUUCAGAUUACGAUUCUGAAUACGGAGGCAGCGAAGACGCAAAUGCAAAACAGGUGGAAGAUUAUUACGACCGGCACCAAGACUACGACGAAGCAGUAGCUCCGCAACCCGUCGAAGCUUUGGGGCACCUAGAAAGCUCUUCCAUCCAAGCGAGCUUCGAAAAAGCUCCUACCACAAGCUCCGUCUCUGAAUUUUCGAUAGCUAAUGCUGUGAAUUUACGAGAGGCAGUACUCGUGGCUUUGGGUGGUGCAAGUGCGGCUUUGGUCCUUUUGAUUGUGAUGGCUGGAGUAUUCGUGGCUCGUCGACGCAAGAACAGCCCGUCCCCUACACCUUCACCCCCGAUAUUGGUGUAUCCACCACACGACAUCUCAGCCCCUUGCUAUAUGACGAAAGAAGUGAACUUCUCGCUGCCCACCCUUCGCUCUUCUUCGCUCGGUGAACUUCGUGACGUAGUGAGCGUCAACAGCUUGGGAAGCGACGUGCUCUGCCCGCCGGUACCUACGCAACUGCGCUCCAAUUCUUUUACUAAUACAGCGGACCUUGGAGUUCUGGACCCGGCACUGUACAAGUCAGAUUGUCUGGACGAAGAUUUUAUGUGGCCUGAGGGGCAUGUGGGUCGCGUGUGGUUCACGUUGAAGUACGAAGCAGCCACUGAAAGACUACAAGUGCAUAUCAUAAAAGCUAAGCAUCUGCCCUCACGUACACCGGCCCUGGCUAACGCAUGCGAUCCUUACAUCAAGAUUCAACUGAUGCCCGACGAAAGGCGUGUUUUGCAAACGAAACAAAAGAAGAAAACCUGCAAUCCUUUCUACGACGAAACUUUUGUUUACCAAAUACCGCCGGGCAAAAUUGACGCUCUCACCUUGAAGCUAUCAGUAGUUGAUGUGGGUAGGGUCGGGAAGGGAAAGCAGCUGAUUGGACACAUCAUACUCCCAUUGAGCGAAUUGGACGGAGUGACACCCGACGAAGAACCACAAUUCUACAAGCUUGAUAUCGAAAAGGACUUGCAAGAACCAACGUCAGAUCUUGGUGAGAUCCUGGUGUCUUUGCUAUACAAUGAAAAUCUUCAUCGACUCACAGUCACCGUCAUCGAAGCGCGAGGGCUUAAACUGGAUCCGUCGUCGAGCAAGCGUGAGAUGGUAGUACGUGUAACUCAAGAGCGUGCUUGCCGCGGAGUCCGAGCAAGGAGGACGGCUGCUGUGGAAGUCACUGAUGACGGUAGCUGCUUAGUCUCAGAGUGCUUCCACUUCCGGCUGCGAGCCGACGAACUUCACACCACGAGUGUUACCGUACAAGCCCUACAACCACACUCUGUCUAUGCAAAAGACCGCCUUCUCGGUAAGUUUGUCCUAGGCUCGUACAUGUUCGCUCGCGGCCGAGCCCUCCAACAUUGGAACUCUGCGCUGGCAUCGCCGAUGGAACAAGUCAAACAAUGGCACCCGCUCACCAACUAAAUCGACCCGGCCAAAACUAAUGACCCUUUAGCGUUUGUGUAAGAAGCAGUUGACGAAACGGGUAUGCAAAAGACAUAAUAUUAUUAAAAUAUGUACGAAAAUAAGUUUACUUAUCUUCUUCUUCUAUACCUAUAUCUAAUAUAUAAAAUUCUCGUGUCACAGUUUUCGUUGCCAUACUCCUCCGAAACGGCUUGACCGAUUUUGAUGAAUUUUUUUGUGCUUAUCCGGUAUCUAUGAGAAUCGGCCAGCAUCUAUUUUUCAUCCCCCUAAAUGUUAGGGGUAGUCCACCCCUAAAUUUUUUAUUUAUUUUUUAGACAAAAUUUUUAAUUUCUAUUUUUUUAUGAUACAACAUACAAAAAUACAUACAAUCCUCAAUUUUCACUCUUCUACGAUCAACCCUUAUUUUUUAAUAGCCAUUUUAGUAAUUUCAUCAUUUUUCCUCUCCGGUCGAAAACUGAUCAAUCGUCAUUUAAUUAGUUAUCCCCGCCAGAUGUCUACAGGUGUCACUUCUGACCCAGUAAACAGCACGGAGUAGGGAUGUUACCUCUACAGUUUUCGGCUAUUAUUAGUGUUUAUGCUUCAAGCGUAGUAGUUAAACAUUUUUAGUUCAUCGCCUUGCAUGUCACAUGGAAAAUCUACAAAAAAAAUCCCUAAAGAUUUCACUAACGAUACAAUCACAAAUGUCGACGGAUAUCCAACAUAUCGUCGAAGGAAUCCAGAUAAUGGCGGACAAUCAUUUAUUAAAAACAUCAGCAACACAGACAUUGAUAUUGACAAUCGUUAGGUCGUGCCAUAUUCACCCCUGCUGAGCAAAACAUACAAUGCUCAUAUUAAUGUUGAGUUCUGCAGUUCUGUGAAAAGCAUCAAAUAUAUUUGCAAUUAUGUCCAUAAAGGCAGUGACAUGGCGGUGCUUAGAGUGGAAAAUAUGAAUGUACCAUGGCACACAAACAUUCGCUUGAGGCGUUGAACAGGACAUUGAAAGAUAUUAAAAACAACGACAAACUAUUUGGUGGCACUCGGUCAGUCCUUUCAGGUGACUUUAGAUAAACACUUCCCGUCAUUCCACGUUCAACAUACGCUGGUGAAAUCAACGCCUGCUUAAAAUCAUCGACAUUGUGGCGUAAUGUUGAAAUAGUACAGCUGAAAGUAAAUAUGCACGUUCAAAUGCUUCAAAAUCCAUCCGCUGAAACAUUCUCAAAACAACUCUUAAAUAUUGGCGAUGGAAAAGUCACUAUAGCUGAAACUGGAUACAUAAAAUUAGCGAAUGAUUUCUGCACUAUCAUUGAUUCGCAAGAUGCUCUCAUUGAACAAAUAUUUCCCGAUGUACACACGAAUUACAUAAAUCUCGAGUGGCUUGCAGAAAGAGCAAUGUUAGCUGCAAAAAAUGUGGUCGUUGACAUUUCAAAUCUGAAGAUACCACAGUUAUUGCCAGGGGGCUUGGUAUCAUAUAAAUCUAUUGAUACAGUUUGCGAUGACACUGAAUCUGUAAAUUUUCCAACAGAGUUUUUGAACUCACUGGAUUUGCCAGGCAUGCCACCACAUAACUUACAAUUGAAGGUUGGAUCUCCAAUUAUUUUGCUUCGUAAUUUGAACCCGCCACGGUUAUGCAACGGUACGCGAUUAGUCAUUAAAAAAAUAAUGAAAAAAGUUAUCGAAGGCACCAUUACAAAUGGCAAGUUUCGAGGUGAAAAUAUAUUGAUACCACGAAUACCUAUUAUACCCACAGAUGUGCCAAUUCAAUUUAAGCGUAUUCAAUUUCCGAUUAGAUUGGCAUUUGCAAUGACUAUUAAUAAAUCCCAAGGCCAAACAAUGUCUGUUUGUGGCUUAGAUUUGAGCACACCAUGUUUUUCACACGGACAAUUAUACGUUGCAUGCUCUCGAGUGGGUAAACCAUCAAGUUUGUUUGUAUUAGCUAAAGACGGGCUAACAAAAAAUAUUGUUCACGCUGCAGCAUUAAGAGAUUAUUAUUAUGUAAUGAAUUAAUUAUAUAUAUAAUUAUUACUUUUAAUAAAUUAAAACAAUUAAUGUUUGGUGUUUUGUUAUUUUUAAACAACAUUCCCUCAUCGUUCACAGCGCUCCAGGCCUUUUUCACUCAUAUUCCACAUCCUUAUACACUUCCAAUAAGUUAGUCAUUUUUUUUCUACACUAGAAAUUCUCUAGAAAUCUUAUAUAUGGCAAGACAACGUUUGCCGGGUCAACUAGUAGUUAUAUAUAAAAAUGAAUUGCUGUUCGUUAGUCUCGCUAAAACUCGAGAACGGCUGGACCGAUUUGGCUGAUUUUGGUCUUGAAUUAUUUGUGGAAGUCCAGAGAAGGUUUAAAAGGUAAAUAAAUAUGAAAAUGCUCGGAAUUAAAUAAAAAUAACAAUUUUGUUUUUCCUUUUAUGUGUCCUCCGUCGGAUGGAUUCCUUGUGUUUGUUUUAAGCUACUUUUAAGGUUAUUUUAUACAAAAGUUUAGGUCUUUUAUUUAUCGAUCGAAGCAGUACGAAGUCUGCCGGGUCAGCUAGAUUUGUAUUAUUUAUUUUUUCAUUUUAAAACUAAUUCUAAUUUAGCUUAAAAGUAUUCGUUUGUCUUCGUUACUUAAAAAACGUGAGAGAAAGACUAGAACAUAUUCUUCAAGUUGUACCUACAGAUUUAUUUAUUUAAAUACAAUGUCCAAAUGGAACACAACUGAUAAACAUUGAAGUAAAUAUUUUACAAUCUCAUUGCCUGUACACGAAACAAUAUUAUUUUACGGUACAUCAAAUUGAUUUAACCUGUACGCCGAAAUGCCUUUUACUAAACGAAUUUUGAUGGUAAUAAAGGUUUAAUACUUGUUUGUGGCUCGUCAUUAUCCGGUAAGGGCCUUUCGUGCAACUCUAUGCCUCAUUAGUCAAACUGUCAACUCCACUUAUAUAUAAAACCGAUACACGUGCGGUAGAAACACGUUACGUGCCGAUAAUGCGGUUGUGAAGUGUCGUAAACAUUUAAAUUUCGAACUUGCAAGCUAAUAAUGAGCUACAAAUAAAUUAUGAAAUAGCUACGUCAAAUAUGCUUUGGAAAUUCUCGUUUAUACUAUAAACCGUUAUAGGAACAUGUGUGUCAUGUUCUUGCAUUUUAGGAAGGAUAUCAAAUCAAAUCAAAAAAAAAUUAUUCAACAUAAAUGAAAGUACAUACCUGUUGAACGUCAAAAGAACUACCGCCAAGUUACAAGAACUAGCCUCCGUCCUUAGAAGAAUUGGCAAGAAACUCAGCGGGCAUGUCUUUUUUUUUAAAUAUUAGAUAAAAAAAAAUUAAUAUUAGUUUUUUUUUAAAUAUUCAUAUAUUACAAUAACUAAAUUAAUUGAUGUAGAUUGUUUUUAUGUAUGUUAAUACGCGGCAGCUGUGUCUAUGACUGCAUUAUCACUCACACAUUAGAAUUUUACUUUGUAUAGCGCGUCACCCAUACACAAAUAUAUAAUACCUAUAUUUUCGAAAUAAAAAAAUAGCGUAACGUAUGGAAUGCAAGCAGCUAUUUAUUUAAAAAAAAAAGCCUUUACUCUUAUCGAGUGUCAUAAAAGGUUGUGGUAACAUUCACAAAUUAAAUGAUAGGAUAUCAUGACGGGUGAUAUUUUAAUACAGAUUAAUGAAUAAUAAUGAAGCGAUUACGCCACAUAAUGCGACACCAAUUUCGGCGAUAAUUGUAAUGCUAUUUUCCGACAUCCCAUUACUCAAAAUUACUAAUAAAUAAUUGGAAAUACAUCUAAUAAUAAUUCGGUUUGAAGGGCAGGGCAGCCGUUGUAACUGUACUGAGACUUUAAAACUUAUUUCUCAAGGUGGGUGGCGCAUUUACGUUGUAGAUGUCUAUGGGCUCCAGUAACCACUUAACACCAGGUGGGCUGUGAGCUCGUCCACACAUCUAAGCAAUAAAAAAUAAAAAUACUCAGAUAUGCUUGCUUCUUAAGUCAGUUAUUGAAAUUUUAUAAAUUAACCAUUCCCAACAAAAAUAUAUAUAAGGAGAAUUAUACUCGUAAAGGGAAUAUGUUGUCGCAAUCAAAGGUUGCUUGAAACCAUUAGUGUUGAGUGAGCACAUUUGAAACCGAACGUUCCAAUUUGACAAAAAUCUAAUAAAAAAAUACCGAAGUUGAAUUUUAUAAAUACACAAUACGGAAUGUGAAUUUUAUGAGUAUUUUAACAAAGCAACAUUUCGUAAUUUCAGUAAAUGUAUCAGAAGGUGUGUUUGUACCUUGUGAUUUUAUUUUUCAGAUAAUAACAAAACGAGUAAUUCAGGCGACAUGCCUCACUUUUGUAUUGUAUUUAACUAUUAAAUUCCAUUCGUGUGAACUCUUCACUAUUUGAAUGUUUGUGUGCCUCAUUAAAAUCUUGCGGCUACUAACAAAAAAAUCAAAAAACCUUUUCAUGGGACAGCAAAAUAGUUCAGAAUGGGGACAAUACAAAAAAUUUGUUUAGGAUAAUUCUGCCUUAAAUCACGAACGACAGAAAGUAAACAAAUAUUGAUAAUUUUGUGGCUUUUAAUUAUACUUACCCUAUAGACUCAGUUAUUGCAAUUCAUUUUAACUUUGUCACCAGCUAAAAUGGGAGAGUUUUAAGAAAGGACACAUCAUGAAAUGAACAUGAACAUCAAUACACAGAAACUGUAAUAAAAAUCACAAAUUGAUCUGAUAUAGAGUGAAAGAAAUUAAUUCUCAUAUCUACAUAUCCAACAAACAGUCAUUAACUUUGUUCUUUUGUUCGGUGAUAAUUUUUAAACUAAAUACGUACAGAUACUGCGAUGUAAUCAGAAUGAGCUCGAUAAAUAAAAUAAACCUUAUUCUACAAGCAUGAAUUCCAUUAUAAUAAUACCAGCAAACAAUAUCGUAUCUUUCAUUAAUUCAUCAAGCAAACGCUUUAUUAAUUUUCGAUGACUGGAAUAUUAAUUGUCGAGUGCGAAACAAUAGCACUCAUAGAAUAUUACACUCAGACACAGCCCACUGAGUUUCUCGCCGGAUCUUCUCAGUGGGUCGCGAUUCCGAUCCGGUGGUAGAUUCUGCGAAGCACGACUCUUGCUAGGGUUCGUGUUAGCAUCGUCGUCAGGUUUGAGCCCCGUGAGCUCACCUACUAGUUACGGUUACGCUGGAAUAGCCGCCCCAGGCUACCAGUUUAGGUAGAAAAAAAAAAAAAAAACAUGAAUAUCGUUUGGAUUUUCCCAAAAUAUUAACACGUCUCAGCCCGUUUUCUCUACUGCUUCAAUUUAAAACUUAUUGUAGAUACUUAUAAACGUGUAUUGUAUUUUAAAUGUCUUAAAUCCCUAUUGACUGAGUAGAUAAGAGUUUUGGCAGCUCCUGAUCUUCCAGCUAGAGCCGUAUUGGAAUAGAAUAUUUUGAAUUCAUUUUAUUGAAACUAUUUCGACAUGAGAAUUUUAGCUAAUAACACUGAAACAUGUUGAGAUAAGUACGAAUUUUCUUACUUCAAAUAUAAAUGACUUUAGUAUAAACUGUUUCAAUUCUGUUUUCCUUAACAUAUUAUUAUGUAAACGUCUGAAUUUUCUAAUCAACUGCGAUCUAGAUAAGAUAGUGGGUCUCUUGAGAAUACGGAAAGCGCACAAGUUGCACAGUUAGCUACUAAUUAUACUUUAUUAUAUAUAACAUGAGAAUAGUAAAUGUAAAAGUGCUUUUUUGCGUCAUUAUUUAACGCAGUCUUUUCCAAACAACGUUUUUUUCCUUCAUUCUUUUAGCAACAUAUUUAAUACUUAUAUCAGACGUUUUAAUUUGUACAUCCAAAUCGCCUGUUUGCUUUCAAAGUUUCAUUGUUUUGUUACAGCAAGAAAUAUAUUAGGACACUUUCUAUCAUAUUGUAUCUAUAUUAAAACUAUUGUAAACAAUGAUAUUUUAUAUGUAAAAAGAAGCAGAUAUGUUUCGAGCGCACGUCAAGUGAAGACUCGAAAACAGGCCAAUUGGGACGUUUCGUCUUUAGUCGCACCUAAGCAAAUGCAAUAAUAAUAUAACAAGUGCAAUCGUUCCAAUUAUAGCUAUCUUUUUUACUCACGCGCUUAUCCCAUCUUUUGUACUUUUCAUUAAUGCUACUUGUCAACAUGUGUGUGCACUAUAUCGGUAGGUAUGUAGAUAUACAUGGCGCGAUCAGAUUUGAAGAGUCAGUUACUAUGAAGAUAACAUAUCUGUUGUAUAAAAAAUCAUUGAAUGAAAAAUAAAUCUCAGGAGCUGUCAUAAACAACAUUUUUUCUCUUCUAUGUAGCGACAUACAAAAUUGUACAAGGUGUUGUUUACAUAUCCGAAAAAAAUAUUUAUCAAUGUUACUCUAAACUCAUAGCGAACUUGACACUUCGAUAUUCCACAAUAUUUUACGAGCAUUUCUAGUUUCCAAGAUGGUUACGAAAUAUUUGAUGACACUUUUAAUUGACAUAAAAUCUAUUUCGAUAUCAUCAUUCAAUAAAAAAAGCAAUUAAGUAUCUUUGAAUAGCAACAUGGCAUAAAAUUAAAAAAAUAUACAAAUAAAGAUCAACUAAUGUAUUGCUUUCCCUGUUCACGUAUGUAUCACUAAAGUAUUAUUGUAUUGUAAUCAAAAUUAUUGUCGUAUUUUUAUAAUUAAAUUUUACAUUAAAUUUAACCAAAUUACAAAUGUUAUGAAUUUUUCUAAUAAUAAAGUAAGUAAUCCAACUUUAGCUUUAUGAAUUGAAUAUUUAAAACAGUACUAGAAAAAAGCUUGAAAAUCCUGUUUUAUUUUAUAUUUAAUAUGUACAACCUUUAGCUAUUAUGUAAAUCUAUUUAAUUAAUUAUGUCAACUCAAUGUUUAUGAAUACAAAUUUUUUUUAAUUUUUAAUACAUUAUAUAAUGUUACCCAUAUACCUACAUGUGUAGUAGAUUAAUGUGAAUGUAACUUGCAAAUCAUAAAAUAAAGUAUGAACUGAAGCUAAAUUG